CGCCACCGCAAGCCCAUCGUAGACUACUGGAACGUUGCGUGUGUACCUACUGUUCACAUCAUGUUCAUCCGUACACAAAGCCUUAGCAAUGUACUGAGCCCUCUUCCACUACUCCGUUGACUUCUAUGGCGACUCAUUCAUCUUUGUUGAGCAAAGUCCCCGGCUUGCUUGAAUCGAACGAGGGGCUCUUCAGGGAGCUCAAACAUUUGGACACUCGACGAGCAGAGUUGGAGCAGCAGUUGAAUACACAUGUUGCCUCACUCAACUUGGUCAUCCGGUGCCUUCCCGAAGCAGUCGAUACUCUCUUGCUCAAUGAACAUCCGGCCUCCAAGACGAGCCUCGUAACGAUUCUUAAGAAUGGGCUUCUCUCACCCCUAUCUCUGCAACCCACCGAAGCGACGUUGAGUACACUUGAAAACAAAAUCUCGGAGAUAAGAAUAAUCGAUAACGCACUGAGAAGCUCGGAACAGUCAGGGAAAGGUGAUGCGUAUAAGGCAGCCGAUCUAGCAUCGAGAUUGGCUGUUCAAAGCGUUGAUUGUUCCACCAUUCUACAGCAGAUAUCAGACGAAAGGUCAAACAAAGACAAAAGUCUUUCCAAUGUCAAUACCAGAAUCCGAGAAGCGACGGAAAGUAUUGAAAGGAACAGAAUUCUUUCAAAUCAGAUGAGUACUCAAGCUGGUCAUCACGAUCAGGAAGCUUCACAUUUCGACAAUGUGGGGAAAUGUACCUGGUUCAUUCCAGGAAUCAAUCUCAUUACAAUUCCCAUUGCCUUGAUCGGAUCAAGUGUGCAUGGGAAUAAAGCUUCAGAAUAUAGAGCCCUGCAAUCUGCCUCCGAGUCUGAAAUCAAGGACAAUGAGUCACAAAAAGUUGUCCUCGAACAAGAAAUGUCACAGCUAGAUACAGCUCUUCGAGAACUUAGUGAAGCCAUCAGCCACUGUUCCGCGAGCGAGAGGCAAGCAUCGCAGUUCAAAGAUCAAACUAAGAUCCUCCUGGAUCAAUAUGGGCGCAUCAGCGAUCAUCUGAAACAGGUGAUCAAGUCGCUGGAUGUUGUUGAGAGCGAUUUUAUAUCCAAUCCGCUUAACUGGGAUACCUCACGUUAUAUCGUCUUGCAUUCCAUCUUGCAUAUGGUCACAACGCUUCAUGAAGGGGGUUUUUUGGAGGAAUUUAACCAUGCUUUGCUCAGAAGAUUGAAGGCCAUCGAGAUGCCUGGCACGCAGACACCAUUGAUGGAGGUAGAAUGGUGAGCAUAGGAAGGCUACGAUUUCUUAGCACAUGUGUUCUAGCCCAAUAAGCAUAAAAACGAUAAUCAAAACGGAUAGGCAUAUAUGCAUAUUGAGACUUACCUUGACGGA